CGGUCGAGCAGAAGAUGGCGGCCACGCUGUCGCAGCUGGACGACGGCACCGUCCGCGGCAUGUCCAUCGGCGCGGUCUUCACCGACUACGCCGGGAAGAUAAACUGCCUGGAUUUCCACCGCAAGGACGACCUCCUCGUCACCUCCAGCGACGACGACUCCAUUCGGCUCUACAACACCACCACCGCCACGUUAUUGAAGACAACAUAUCAUAAGAAACAUGGCGCUGACCGGAUUUGUUUUACUCAUCAUCCGAGCUCCAUAUUAUGUUCAUCAAAGUUCAAUCUAGAGCCAGCAGAAUCACUCCGUUAUCUGUCAUUGUACGACAACCGUUGCUUGAGAUAUUUCAAAGGACACAAAGACAGGGUUGUUUCGCUAUGUAUGUCACCUGCCAUUGAUAGCUUUAUGUCUGGUUCACUUGAUCACAGUGUCAGAAUAUGGGAUCUUCGUGUAAAUGCUUGUCAGGGUAUACUACGUUUGCGUGGUAGGCCUUCUGUUGCAUAUGAUCAACAGGGCCUUGUUUUUGCCGUAGCAAUGGAGGGAGGCGCUAUUAAGCUAUUUGAUUCUCGGUCAUAUGACAAGGGUCCAUUCGACACUUUCUUGGUCGGUGGAGAUACUGCUGAAGUGUCUGACAUUAAAUUCAGUAACGAUGGCAAGUCUGUGCUUUUGACGACAACUAACAACCAUAUAUAUGUUCUGGAUGCAUAUGGAGGGGAGAAGAAGUGUGGUUUCAGUUUGGAGCCAUCUCGCAACAUAGCAACUGAAGCUGCUUUCACUCCAGAUGGUCAAUAUGUAAUUUCAGGAUCUGGUGAUGGUAACUUGCAUGCUUGGAACAUCAAUACAGUACAAGAGAUUGCUUGUUGGAACAGUCAUAUUGGGCCAAUCACUGCUUUGAAAUGGGCCCCUCGUCGAGCCAUGUUUGCAACUGCAUCAACUGCACUGACUUUCUGGAUUCCCAACGAAUCCAAUUCGAGUUAGGUCCCUGAGAAAGUAGGAUGGAACACCGGAUAUGCUAACUUAACAGACCUGUAACCUGUUCUUUUCUUUCCAGAACAGGCAUAAUGCAUCAAGUAUGACUUGUGGAAAUAGUGUUGGGAACUUGUGAUUCCCUUGUAGUGCCCAUUUUAAUUUUUUAUGUAUAACGUUGCGCACUUGCCCUUAUGAUAUCGCACGGAAUAUUUCCUGUGGGCUC